AUGGGCCGUCAGUGCGGGGCCCAGGGGCGCGGCCCGGGGGAGAGGGGGCAGCGCAGGGAGCCGGGGGCGGCCAUGGGAGCGGGACGCGGAUCCCGAGCCCGGGGGCCCGCCCGACUUGGCCACAAGGCCUGCGGGCGGGUCUCAUUGCGCAUGCUCGACCCGCCCACCCGCUCUCCGCUCCUGCCAGUCACGACUGGGCCCCUCCUAAGUCCGCACCUGGGCGCUCCCCUCGGCGCUCCCAUUGGUCCGUUCGAGGGGUGGGACCAGCAGGUCCCGGGCCUCCCCUUCCCCCGCAUCCCUGAGGCAGAGGGGAUUUUCCUUGGCUCCCGCCUAAAGCGCGGCGGUGACGCCCUACCGGGCAGGUCUGGGCGCCCCUCGGGCGCAGCUACCUCCCACGAGGCCUCUCAAUCUCCAUCCCUCUCCACCCACAUGUCCCAGCACCACUGCAAGAAAGAUCUUGUUCAGUCAUUGUUUUCACUCUUCGGCUCCUCGCAUCCAAUCUAUGUGAGACGAGACCUCAGCAUCCCCACCUAUGGACUCCGACAGUCCAUCUUGCUGAACACCAGACUUCAGGACUGUUAUGUAGACUCACCAGCUCUCACCAACAUAUGGACUGCCAGAAAGUGUGCAAGGCACAACACCCAUGCCCCUGCACCAGGUACCACCUCUUCUUGGGAAGUUGUAAAGAAUCCAUUAAUUGCCAGUUCGUUCUCCUUGGUGAAGCUUGUACUCAGACGACAACUGAAGGAUCAAUGCUGUCCUAUGCCGCACAAGUCUGAAGAAGCAAAACCCUCGAAGAGAUUGAAGCCCAAGGACAAUUCAGUGAUGAAGGCCACCCAGCAGCGUAGAAUCAGAAAUUCUAGCAGUUUCAAGAGCAAGCGGCCAGCAGGGCAGCAGCUGGUCUCACCUAGGCGCAAGAGGCCCACAGGGGGCAUCAGCCAGAGUAAAGAAAGUUCAAAGGAGAAAAAAAUAACCAUCGGCCAAGAUCUUGAGGAUAGCUAUGCUGAACAUGUGGCUGUCACCCAAGUGCUACCCUGGGACAGUGGGAGAGCAGCCUGGAAGGGUCAGGCAUUGCUUCCUGAAGCCAGAAAGAAACAGCAGUUGUCAGAAGACGCACUCACCAUUCACGGCCUCCCAACAGAGGGUUACCAGGCUCUGUACCAUGCUGUGGUUGAGCCAAUGCUGUGGAACCCUUCAGGGACCCCCAAGAGGUACAGCUUGGAGCUGGGCAAGACCAUUAAGCAGAGGCUCUGGGAGGCCCUGUGCAGUCAGGCUGCCAUCCCCGAAGGUGCUCAGAAGGAUCCAUCACUGGGCAGGAAGCGGCCCCAUGUCAGUGAGGAGCCCGUACCAAAGAAAUGGCCCAAGUUAAAGAGCGAGAAAUAG